AUGUAUAAUUUAAACUUGACAGUCUUAUUAUAUUUCUCAUAUUUUAUUUAUUGUAUAUUUGUUUCUUCGUAUAGCACAUCCAAAAGUAAAGAAAAUGGGAAUAUGUUAUUAACGAACAUUCUUAUGAAUAAAAAUAGAAAGAAUGAUUUAAAUGAAUUGAACUUUAAUGAAGUGUAUGAUUUGAAGAGACCUAAAGGAAGAAAUAUUAAGAAUUCAGAAAUGAUCAACAAUAAUAAUAAUAAUGAUUAUAAUAAUAUGAAUGGUGGUUUAAAAAUGAGAAAGAAUGUAAAUAAAUUAUUUAACACCUUAUAUCCUAAUGAUAUAAAUAAAGAAGAAAAAGAAAUUAAUAAUUAUAAUAAUGUAAAGGAAAAGAGAAGUUAUAUAAAUAAUACGAAUAACAUAAAUCAUAAUAAUAAUAAUAAUGAUAUGAUAUAUAAAAAUGAAGAAGAUAACUUACAACAUAUGAAUGAUAUAGAAAAUGUAAAAAGCAUUAAUAAUAAUAUACAAAAUAAUAAAACAUCUUCAUAUGAAAAACAAAAAACAACUUUUGACAUUGUAGGUAAUAAUGAAAAAAUGAAAAGUGAAUCUAAGUUCGCUUUUGUUAAUUAUUUAAAAGAUUUUUUUCAAAACUCACCUUAUGUAAAAAAUUUCCAAAAUGCUAUUGAAGUUUUUUUUAAUAAAUAUGAUCAGCGUAUUUUGGAGUCUACUGUUUUUUUUAAUUUUGAUGAGACAUUAUUCUGA